CUGAUACUUACUUCUACGUAAAAGUUGUCGAUCUUCAAAAUAUGUACUUUUUAUGGUACCAGUAUGUAAAAUUUUCUUAGCGUGUGCCUAAUCUAGUCACCUUCGCCGCAGACUGGUGGUCCUUUGGGGUUCUAAUGUUUGAGAUGCUUACGGGCAACCUUCCCUUCCACGGUAGCAAUCGUAACGAUACGAUGAACCAGAUCCUGAAAACCAAACUUGGGAUGUCAGAAAAUCUGAGCCCGGAGGCUCAGAGUUUGUUGCGGGCCCUGUUCAAACGCAAUCCCCAGAAACGGUUGGGAGUUGGCCCAAACGGUAUCGACGACAUCAAGCAGCACGAGUUCUUCUCCAACGUCGAUUGGGACGCGUUCGAGCGGAAGGAGGUGCGGCCGUUUCCCGCGACGAUGCGUUUUAAUUUGACACGGAGUACACCAACAAAUCGGCCAAAGAUUCCCCCGGUGGUCCGGUUAGUGCGAGUGCCCAUGAGAUCUUCCGCGGAUUCAGUUUUAUAGCGCCCUGUUUGCUGGACGACAUUCAGAAUCAGAUGGGUCCCAGGGCACCGUUUACGAACGAAAUUCCUGGCGUCAAACCGGUCGCCUUUGCCGAUGAGUACGCAAUGAUGCAGGAGCUGGGGCGGGGAACGUUCUCCGUUUGUCGGUUGUGUGAGAAUCGUGCCACCAAGAAGCAUUACGCCGUUAAGAUAAUCGACAAAUACGGUCACGAUUGUCGAGAGGAAGUGGAAAUUCUACUGAGAUACGGCAAUCAUCCGAACAUCGUGUCUCUGUUCAGUGUCCACGAGGACCCCACUUAUGUGUACCUGGAAUUCAAUAAAUUGAUAAAAUCAGAAAAGAUCCGCCAUUCUUAUCCGAAAAUCUCCCAUAAACAUUUAAUAAAUUACGUCUGUGUUUGUGCUCUUUUGACGAACGAUCCCUUAAACGGUUUGAAUAACGUUGGAAUAAAGUAA